AUGAAGAAGUUUUAUUACACACGAAAAUGGGCCCCAAAGAAAAAACCUCUGUCCCAAGCAAACCACCUGCAGGAAAAGCCACGGAAGAAGCCAAUUACCUGCUAUAUUUCGAGCGACUCAGAAAUGAGUGAAGAUGAAAUGGCGGGACUGGGCUAUUUUGUCGUUGAAAAGAUUCUAGAGAAAAGAGGCGAAGGAAAAGACAGAAUGUAUUUAGUGAAGUGAAAAGGAUAUGAAAAUUUGACGUGGGAGCCUAAAGAAAACUUGAAAAGCUGCUUAGAAGCAGUUGAAGAGUUUGAAGAGAAAAAACAUAAUCUCAGUAGGGAAUCUACGUUUGACCCUGAGCUUGAGAAACAUCUGCCGAAAAAAAGGCUGAGAAAGACAAAAAUAAAUCAAAAGAUAAAAAAGUUAAAACCUUCACUCCCCCUUUUAAAUUGGAACAAAAAAUUUUGUUUCAAUUUAAAGGGGAUUUAAGAAAAAUUUUUAUCAAAAAAAAUAUAGAAAAAAAAUUAUAUAAAAUUUUAAAGAGAGACAAUAAAUUGCAUACAUUUAUAUUUAAUAGCAUUUUAAUUUAAUAACUCUCACCAUUAAAAUUGAACAAAAUAGUAGUGUUUAAUUUUUGAUUCUGCAUAUUAAAUUGGAUAUUAAGGUAUUUACAUAUAAAUUAGGAUUUUUGCCUAUAAAAUUGAUUUUUGUUCCAAUUUAAAGGGGGUUAGCUCCCCCAAAAAAUGGAAAUUUUACCUAUAUUUUUUUUAAAUUAAAAGGGGGAGUCAGAGCCAAGGAAAGGAACUUUAGGAACAGAUCAAGCUCUAAAGAUCACUGAAGCUAAGAUAAUUGAUGGAAAAGUCUUUUACGCCAUCCUUUUCAAAGAUAUUCCUGGAGUUUCCUGAAUUAGUCAUGAAGAUGUCACGAAGAAAGCUAAUCACCUUAUCAUCAAACACUUUAACUCUCAUGUAUAA